CUCUCUCUCUCUCAUCUCAUUUCACUGCGCUGAGAGGAUACUCAUCAUCUGUCCCCAACCGUUUCACGCAGAAGAAAAGCGAUGGCAGCUGCGAACCGUGUCCUUGUGUACGGAGGGAAAGGAGCUCUCGGCUCGGCAUGUGUGCAUUAUUUUAAGUCGAAAGGCUGGUGGGUUGCCAGUAUCGACAUAGCAUCGAAUGAAGAAGCGGACGCGAACGUCCAGGUGAAGCUCUGUGAGUCAUUCACCGAUCAAGCCGCGCAGGUGACAUCAGAUGUAAGCAAGUUGCUAGGGGAACACAAAGUUGAUGCCAUUGUUUGUGUGGCUGGAGGGUGGGCUGGUGGAAACUGCAGCUCAAAGGACUUGUAUAAAAAUACUGAUUUGAUGUGGAAACAGAGUGUCUGGACCUCCACCAUUUCCAGUCAUCUUGCCUCACUGCAUCUGAAGCCAGGAGGCUUGUUGACCCUCUCUGGAGCGAAGGCCUCAGUGGCCGGCACUCCAGGUAUGGUCGGGUACGGCAUGGCCAAAGCUGCAGUCCAUCAGUUAUGCAGAAGUCUAGCUGGAGAGGACAGCGGUCUUCCGUCUGGAGCCGUGGCUGUGGCCAUUCUUCCGGUUACCUUGGAUACACCAAUGAACAGGAAAUUCAUGCCUGACGCGGAUUUCGGAAGCUGGACGCCGCUGGAAUAUAUUGCCGAAACCUUCUACAGCUGGGCCACUGGGUCAGGACGGCCAGCCUCAGGCAGUCUCAUUCAACUGGUGACGACUGGGGGGUAAACAGAGGCCUCGCUGGCCCAGUAAAGGUAGAAUGGAGGAAAAAGAAAAAAUCAAAGGAAAUGAGUAAAGGAGAGAAAUGUUUACCAGUAUACCGCACAGCUGAGGAGAGAUGUUAACACAGAAGCCUAUUGAAAAGACCAGUUUAGACCGGCAGGAAUUCUAGAAAAUGCUAAUUCAGCCAAUCUGGUGAAGACCAUCUUGAACACAACAUAUUUGUUGGUGAGCAGUGAUGCUGGUCUGUUCAACAGGAAAAUGAGAGAUGUGGCGUUUCUGUUUAUCCAGCCUUUUUGAAAGUACUCAGUGUCCAAAGUAUUAAUCUAUGUUUUGUAUUCAGUCUGUCUCGUGUGUUGUUCUGCAGUCAAACAGAAUAUAGUUAAGUGUAAAGUGACUUUCGUCUUGACCAAAGGUGCUGCUGUCUUAUUUGAAACGUACAGUCUUAACUUUACAGGGAAGUGGCCUUAGCUUUCGUGUAAGUGUGAUCGUGUGUCUAUUUGUUAAAAAUAAUGUUUGGAUGCUCUAUUUUCAAAGUAUUUCCUCUCCAGCUUGUGUAUGAAACUUACUUUCACAAUAAAGAACAUUGA